AUGAAGAAGCCCGGUCAUGGAGAUGAAGUGACGCUCAAGAUACACACAGCUGGGGAUGGGAGCGAGCAAGUGAUCAAGUGGUGGAUGAAACUGGAGACGUCACAGAAGGCCAUGCAGAAGGCCACCGCUGCCAUUCCAACGAUCCUCGCCUGCCUCACGCGGACGGUGAUACAACACUUUGAGCGACAAGACGUGUCUGGUCUUAGCAUCCAAGAAAUGGCGAUCCAGUUGUUCAGCUGCCGCCAGGCCGCCCUAAUUUUUGUUCUAGUCCUCGCACUUGCAACACACAUCAAGGCUUUUGAGUGCUCGCCCAACUCUUGUGUGCAUGGCUACUGCAACAACGUGACCACAGAAUGCGUCUGCGACGCGGGCUUCGUUGGACCCAUGUGCUCCUUUGAGCUCUGCAACAAUUUGGCCACCACGCGACCAGGCCUCAGUGUGGACCUUUACAACGACUACAACUUCAAAUCCAUGGGAGGCGGCUCAGUGAGCUGGCCAAACAUUAAUUUUAAUUGGGGCUACGGCGCACCUUCCCCCCUGCCCAGUGAUAGUUUCUCAAUUGUCGCAACCGGCCAGGUUCGCGCUCACCGCGACGGUUACGUCAAGUUCCAAUGCCGUUUCCGAAACGGCGCCUGCCGGUUGUUUAUCAACAAAACCGAGACAACAGCAAAUACCGCGUUUUUUGUGACCGCUGGUCAGGCCCUUCGUCUCAAAGCAGAAUUCCAGCAUGGCAGCUAUGAGACAUAUUGGUAUUUGGAUUGGUCGGAUGGCCUGGCCACGGCCGACUCUGCGGCCUCAUUCGUCAUUAUACCGGCCGAGAACCUUGAAAGAGAAAUCAUUUGUCCUGAUGGUUGCUCCGGACAAGGCUGCUGCGAAGAGAACGAGCGCUGCUACUGCCCCGAAGGCAUGACAGGGCCUGACUGCUCAGUCCUAAUAUCCACCGCAACGUGCGGCGCUGAGUAUCCAGUGCUACCCUAUGUACCGGGCGGCGUCAAUAUCGCCCUUUACAAUGACUAUACAUUUGGUUCUGGCCAACCUGCCAUUGUCCAGUUGCUGCAGCGAAGUUUAACUCUUUCACCUGGUUACGGCUCGCCUGCCAGUGGCAUCCCAACUGAUUACUGGUCGGCAACCUUUUACGGCCAGCUGCGCAUCAACACGACUGGAUGGUACUCAUUCAGCACAGGCGUGGCGCAAGGUUCCGCAAGCCUGCUUCUCGGGCCACACUCACUCAUCCUGCCCACGACUGGCUCAACCUCAAGAUGGGUUUACCUUGUGAUGGACCGGAGAUAUGACCUGCGUGUGGAUUACAAACAUAACGUGUAUGCUGCGUCUUUUGCCCUGCAAUGGACACCGCCAGGACAAGCAUUGCAAAACAUUCCCGUCACAGAGCUCUUUACACCAACUGCCGGCAGCUGGUGCCAACGCGAGUCCACAUGCAACGACCGUGGCUUGAAUCUCAACGGUCUCUGCCAUUGCGACAGUAUUUACGAAGGUGCAUCCUGCGAGUAUUUCCAGUGUCGGUCGGACGAGUGCCGCUUCAGCGACAGCUGCCACGACCCGGCGUACGGGAGCAACGAUGCUGAGUGCAAUGGCCAGGGCCGGUGCGUGGCGGGCGUGUGCGAGUGCAAUGACGGGUUUGCGGAUGAGAGUCAAUGCACGCGCACGGGCUGCGAAACGGAUGAGGCUUGCUCAGGACACGGCGCAUGCGGGGACAACGGCCAGUGCGCAUGUGAUGCCGGGUGGAUGGGCGAGGCAUGCGAGCUGACGGUGUGUGGGGAUGAUCGAGCUAUUUUGCCGGGUCUGCUGGUGACGUAUUACAAUGGCUACUCGUUUGAUGAGCGUCGCAUUGAGGUGGCCGAGCCGUCAGCGUACCGGGACAUUGGCUACAAUGCACCGCACCCGGAUGUGCCUGCCGAUUCGUUCAGCGUGACGUAUGUUGGGUUUUUGCGACCCAAGGAGGCGGGCUGGUAUCGGAUGCGGCUGCGGUGCACGCGCGGGGCAUGUGGCAUGUACCUGAACCAGAGUGCCUAUACGGAUAGUGGGAAUGCGGUGCUCAUUGGCCGGGGCGAGAUGGUUCGCCUGAAGCUGGAGUGGCAGCACUCGAACUACGACACCUAUUUUUUCUUUGAGUGGAUGGGGCCGUAUGCGAGUGCUGCAGAGGCGCAAGCGGCUGGCGCGGCGGCGUUUGAGCAGGUGCCUGCGCAUGCAUUGGUUCAUGAGGCGCUCCGAUCUGCAAUCAAAUACACAGACUGCGUCCAAGAGCCAGUCCAAGAAAACAAUCGCACAGCAUUGUAUCACUACGAGGAGGGCUUUAUGUGUGGGUGUGGAGCCAGUGGCUGCAGUGGUGAAUCGCGCGGCGUAUGCGUGGGAGCUAGCUGUGCGUGUGGCGGGCAGUAUAGCGGUGCAUCCUGCGAGUAUUUCCAGUGUCGGUCGGACGAGUGCCGCUUCAGCGACAGCUGCCACGACCCGGCGUACGGGAGCAACGAUGCUGAGUGCAAUGGCCAGGGCCGGUGCGUGGCGGGCGUGUGCGAGUGCAAUGACGGGUUUGCGGAUGAGAGUCAAUGCACGCGCACGGGCUGCGAAACGGAUGAGGCUUGCUCAGGACACGGCGCAUGCGGGGACAACGGCCAGUGCGCAUGUGAUGCCGGGUGGAUGGGCGAGGCAUGCGAGCUGACGGUGUGUGGGGAUGAUCGAGCUAUUUUGCCGGGUCUGCUGGUGACGUAUUACAAUGGCUACUCGUUUGAUGAGCGUCGCAUUGAGGUGGCCGAGCCGUCAGCGUACCGGGACAUUGGCUACAAUGCACCGCACCCGGAUGUGCCUGCCGAUUCGUUCAGCGUGACGUAUGUUGGGUUUUUGCGACCCAAGGAGGCGGGCUGGUAUCGGAUGCGGCUGCGGUGCACGCGCGGGGCAUGUGGCAUGUACCUGAACCAGAGUGCCUAUACGGAUAGUGGGAAUGCGGUGCUCAUUGGCCGGGGCGAGAUGGUUCGCCUGAAGCUGGAGUGGCAGCACUCAAACUACGACACCUAUUUUUUCUUUGAGUGGAUGGGGCCGUAUGCGAGUGCUGCAGAGGCGCAAGCGGCUGGCGCGGCGGCGUUUGAGCAGGUGCCUGCGCAUGCAUUGGUUCAUGAGGCGCGGCUGAGCCUGGAUUGGGGGUAUAGUGCGCCCGUGUCUGGGAUUCCCAGUGACUACUGGACUGGGGUGUUUUUCGGGCGGAUCGUGUCGGAGCAGACGGGGUGGCAUCGGCUGCGCGUGACGGCGGGCUCAGUGGCCGUCCAGGCCUUUGUGGGUGAUCGGAGCUACGACAUCCGUGUAGACGUGCGCGAUGGCAAUUAUGAGGCCGGCCUGUGGGUGUACUGGGAGGGGCCUGGAUUCAUGGAGCAUCUUGUGCCGAGUACAGCAUUGUAUCACUACGAGGAGGGCUUUAUGUGUGGGUGUGGAGCCAGUGGCUGCAGUGGUGAAUCGCGCGGCGUAUGCGUGGGAGCUAGCUGUGCGUGUGGCGGGCAGUAUAGCGGUGCAUCCUGCGAGUAUUUCCAGUGUCGGUCGGACGAGUGCCGCUUCAGCGACAGCUGCCACGAUGCUGAGUGCAAUGGCCAGGGCCGGUGCGUGGCGGGCGUGUGCGAGUGCAAUGACGGGUUUGCGGAUGAGAGUCAAUGCACGCGCACGGGCUGCGAAACGGAUGAGGCUUGCUCAGGACACGGCGCAUGCGGGGACAACGGCCAGUGCGCAUGUGAUGCCGGGUGGAUGGGCGAGGCAUGCGAGCUGACGGUGUGUGGGGAUGAUCGAGCUAUUUUGCCGGGUCUGCUGGUGACGUAUUACAAUGGCUACUCGUUUGAUGAGCGUCGCAUUGAGGUGGCCGAGCCGUCAGCGUACCGGGACAUUGGCUACAAUGCACCGCACCCGGAUGUGCCUGCCGAUUCGUUCAGCGUGACGUAUGUUGGGUUUUUGCGACCCAAGGAGGCGGGCUGGUAUCGGAUGCGGCUGCGGUGCACGCGCGGGGCAUGUGGCAUGUACCUGAACCAGAGUGCCUAUACGGAUAGUGGGAAUGCGGUGCUCAUUGGCCGGGGCGAGAUGGUUCGCCUGAAGCUGGAGUGGCAGCACUCGAACUACGACACCUAUUUUUUCUUUGAGUGGAUGGGGCCGUAUGCGAGUGCUGCAGAAGCGCAAGCGGCUGGCGCGGCGGCGUUUGAGCAGGUGCCUGCGCACGCAUUGGUUCAUGAGGCGGUUCGGUAUUAUAACGGCGUGCUUGAGGACGCCAUAUCAAGUGGCCCUCAGACAGCUUCAUCUCGUGCGGACACGAUCAACGUGAACUACGGUUACAAUCCUCCUUUUGCAGCCCCCCAAUCUGGAUGGUACACCUUUCGCCUCACAUGUGGGAGCAUGUCUGCGCGCCUUUUCGUUGGUAAUAUCAAGCUUAUUGACUGGACCUCGUCUUGGUCGCAAAGCAUCUAUCUCGUGCAAGGUCGCUACUACGAGCUUCGAUAUGAUGCUCAAGACGGCUCCUAUGAGGCGUCGACACAACUGUAUUGGACGGGACCCGGGUUCAUGGAACAUCUGGUUCCCGGCACCGUGCUUUUUGCCUACAAUGACACGGCCAGCUGCACCUGUGUUGAUGAUUGUACGCAACCCUCUCAAGGCGUGUGCCUUAACGGAUAUUGCAGUUGUGCCGGUCCGUACGCGGGUGACACAUGUGCAGCUUUGCAGUGUCGGAGUGCGCUGCACUACGUCAAGUAUGUCAUGUACCUGGUCAUUCAAUGCGACUACCGCGUUGAGAGAUUGGGGCAAGAUUUUGGUACUGGGGCGCCCUCCGCCAACGCUCCCGUGAACUACUUUGCCAUUCGCUACGAGGCAUUCCUCUCACUCCCGAACGAUGGCUGGUACCGCUUUCGGUUAUCCACCGGCAAUAUGGAGGGGACGUUGCGAGUCGCCGGACAGCUAGUUAUACCGACUUCAUCCGGAUUUAGUCACGAAUUGUUUUUGCGAGGUGGGGUUGAGCACCCCCUUGUAUUCCAGAUCUACGAAACCAAUCGUUAUGAGUGUAGCUUUGAUUUGAAUGUUCGAGGCGAGAACAGCUACGAAGUGGACCUGGACUCGCUCUCUCUGCAUUACUACUCUGGCUCGUGUGGUUGCUUGCCAUGUGAUUUAGCUGCUGUGAAUGACUAUGAUCCCGUCUUUGACUCGGGUUCCGUGGAAAAUCUGACCAUUCAGGAGGGGCGCCUCGGUGCAGUUCGGUGGCUUGCAGCGAUUGAUCCAGACACUGGCGAUGCCUUUGGCAUGUCCUACACCCUCGUUACUGAUCCUACUGGCUGCUUUGGCAUAAACAACGUUACUGGAGCAUUGUCCUUGCUCUGUGUCCUGCGAAAGGCAAACGAACCAGCCUUUGCACUCGCCGUGCAAGCUUCGGAUUCAGGCUCACCUUCUCGAAACACCACAGCGCAACUUUACAUCACAGUAGAGUGUGCCGAGGGAUUCGUUGGUCCCAAUUGCUCUGAUUGUUCGGUGGGCUAUGGAGGCUCCACUUGUGCUGCUUGUGUUGCGUGUUCUAGUCAUGGACAAUGCGGAGAGGAGGGUCUGUGUUAUUGCACCUCUGAGGUCUUUACGGGGCCAUCGUGCGAAGAUUGCAUUGAUCGUCACUACGGCGGUGCCUGUGAGCCUUUACCUUGGCUGUUCAGCGUUGUGCCCUCAACUGGCCUUGACUUGGGGAGCACAAAGGUGGCCUUGACGAUUCACAAUAUGCCAGAGGCGCGGACCAAUCCUAUUUGUUCCUUUGCUGACAUUCAAGUAGCUGCAACCAUCGAAGACAACGCGACGGUCACCUGCCUGGCGCCUCGUCAUGAGCCGGCGGCAGUUGCGAUCAAAGUUUCCUUUGAUGGUGGCAUGUCGUGGAUCGGGCCUGCUGUGGGCAUACCCUUCACCUACGUUGGCAAUUGCCCUCAAACGGAUUGUCCACCAACUCGGGCGAAUUGUGUCUUUGGCAAGUGUUAUUGCAAGCUGCAGUAUUUUGGCGAUAAGUGCGCACAGCAAUACGUGCAGCCCAAAAUCAAGGCAGUCAGCAAUAGUGAGGUGCUUCCGGGCGCAGCGUAUUCCCAGCGAUUGGAUUUGCAAGCUGGAAACGGUGAUAUUCAUUGGGUUCUCAUGCAAGCUCCAUCGGGGGCAUACAUGGAUGGGGCAACUGUUAUUUGGCCCAUGACUUUUGGUGCCCCAGUGCCACACGUUUUUCGCGUGGAGGCACGAAACACCUAUGCCACGGGUUCGACAGAGUGGAAGGUCAAUGUUCCCUUCUCUUACAAGACCAGCAUUCAUGCUACUGGUUUAUCGGGCGUUCGCGGCUCACCCGCCCUUCUUAAGCUUCAAGGUUUUGUGAAUCAAAGUCGGCCUGAUAUCCGUCUCGACACAGUUGGCAACCUUGGCAUCAAAAUUUGGCUUGUUCGAGCCGGCGCAUCCGGGCGCCGAGUUGCACCGCAGAGCACGAUUCUGACGGUCAAGACGAUGGAAAGUGGCCAGUUUGCAUUCAACCUGAGCCUUCAAGACGUCGGUGUCUACACAAUCAUGCGACAGCUCCAGAAGAUCAGCGAAGCUUUGAGCUUGCAGACAUCCGCCACGUAUUUUUCGAUUACAGCCGUUCGCAACCAAACAACAAGCCGCUCAUUGACGAUUACCAACGUUGGAAGUGCGGCAACCCCGGCUCUCGUUGUUGCCGUUCCAGAGGAUCAAUCCUUAAUAUCAGUGACAGCGAGCAAGAUUGCUCCUUUGGCCCCUCAAGAGAGCGUUGAUAUUUCCCUGUCGGUGCGCCCGCAAGCUGAUGCGGAAUUGCAGCGUGGGUCAGCCACUUUGGUGGUGCGGUCUGAGAUGCCAUCUGCUUUGAACUCUGUGCAAAUUCGUUUGGACUUUACAAUUUCGAGCAAUGCUUCGUACGACGUGGCUGUUGUGGUAGAAGAUGAGUACACAUUUUUUGCCGACGGUGCACCAAACGUGUCCGCGGCGCUGGUCCGCCUGGUUGGACAAAGUCGAAGCUUCAGCUUACGUGCCACGACGGAUCAUUCCGGCAUGGUAACUUUUGCCAAUGUUCCCGAGGGGGUGUACGAGGUGAGCGCACAGGCUCUGGGGCAUGCCUCUGAUUCUAUGCUCAUUCGAGUCAACGACGAGCUUGGCUUGACCCACCUCUUUUUGGCGCGCUCGGCUGUGAGCUAUGUUUGGACCGUCACACCGACUGAGAUUGAGGAAACCUACUCAUUCACCUUGGAAGCCGUGUUUGAAGCUCGAGUGCCAAUGCCCGUCGUUACCAUCGAGCCAAGCUCGAUUGAUUUGGAGCGGCUCUCGUUUGGAGACGUGACACAACUGGACUUUGUGAUUACGAAUCAUGGCUUGAUUGCUGCAGAGAAUCCUUUGCUGAUUCUUCCAGAAAAUCCCUUCGUCUCAUUUGUACCCCUGGGUGAACCAAGUGCAGUGAUACCAGCAGAGACUACAAUUGUGUACUCAUAUGCCAUUAUUGUGGAUGGUGCUACGCCGGGGGAUGAUGAUGCUGUUGUUCUUGAUGACGAUGAUAUCAAUGGGGAUGACGAUGCCACUAGCAACGACCAAGUCACUGACGAUGACGAUGCCACUAGCAACGAUCAAGUCACUGACGAUGACGAUGCCACUAGCAACGACCAAGUCACUGACGAUGACGAUGCCACUAGCAACGACCAAGUCACUGACGAUGACGAUGCCACUAGCAACGACCAAGUCACUGACGAUGACGAUGCCACUAGCAACGACCAGGUCACUGACGAUGACGAUGCCACUAGCAACGACCAGGUCACUGACGAUGACGAUGCCACUAGCAACGACCAAGUCACUGACGAUGACGAUGCCACUAGCAACGACCAAGUCACUGACGAUGACGAUGCCACUAGCAACGACCAGGUCACUGACGAUGACGAUGCCACUAGCAACGACCAAGUCACUGACGAUGACGAUGCAAUCGAUGACGACAUAAACGAUGAUGUCCCGGCCGAUGAUGAUAUCCCUGCCGAUGAUGAUAUUCCGGCCGAUGAUGAUAUCCCGGCCGAUGAUGAUGACGGAGCUGGUCCUGGUAGUGCACCAAGUGGGGGCUAUGCAAGUGUUUGUUAUACUGGCCGAUUUUCGUAUCAGUAUCGCUGCCGAGGCUUGGAAACUCGGGCUCGAGCAAUUGAGGUGACUCGUGGCGGUCGGCCAUGUUCCUCUUCCGGCAUUGCUUCCGGCAAGACCUACUAUGGUACACUCGGCAGUUCCAGCUCGAUCGUUUACGCUGGAGUUUCCAUUGCUUCGUCAGCCGGCUGUGGGGCACCUUGCCAGCUGCGUGAUAUCUUGAGUAACUGUAUCGGAAAUCGAUGUACAGGUUCCGCCGCCGCCGCUGCGCUGAGCAUGCAGUGCAACGAUGCGCCUGACCUUGCGAGGCGACUUUCGCGAGCAAUCAUUGAUUGCACAAUUGGUGGCUGUCCUGGUGCCGUCGCUAACAUUCCUUUCUGUACUACUGACGCGAUCGGCAUUGUACAGUGCAUUGGCAAUGUUGUGGUUGGUUGCACUGGUCCUUAUGGUGCAGCUGCUAGCGCCGGUUUCGGAGCAGCCAUGUGCUCUGCAAGUAUGGGACAAGCUCUUCAAACUGGACGACGUCGACGAGACAUGACGCCUUCCUUCUUCGAGCUCGUUCGUCGAGAUGCCGACGAGGAUCUUGCUGCAGAGACAUUCUUCUUGGCCUCAACGUGGCUAAACAACUAUGUGCUGCUGAUGCAAGCCAUCUUCGGUGUACAAGAGCAAAAUUUGGCAUUUUCUUACAGCCCUACUUUUCAAGCCCAGCACUUCAUGCCAGCCUUGGCUGAGGGCAGUGAGCUGGAUUCGCUGAUUUCAGCUGGUGAGCUUGUGGAUUUGCUCGACGCCACCCCACCUGGCGUCAAUGCAAGCGAGCUUGAAGCGUGGCUGUUGCGCUAUAAUCGCACCGCCACUGCGUGGAUAUCUGGGAAUUUUGAGGCAGAGCCGGGUGCUUUGUUUGACAUCGACGAGAUUGAGACUCGAUUUGUGCAGAUGCAAGACGACACGGCGGCUGCUAAACUCAUGGGCUACGCGGAUAUCCUAUCGGCCCACCAAGGUCUGCAACAGGUUUGGGAGUCGGCCAAAGAGGCGGCUGCUCGAAAAUCUGGUGUCUGUGCUUCAGUUACCAUGACGAUUGAGCAGGAUGUUGUCCUCACACGCUCCGCAUUCGAGGCAAAACUUGAGAUCUCCAAUGAAGAUGUUUCAGAGCUAACAAACAUUCAAGUUGAGUUUGACAUUCGGCACGCUAUCACCGGCAUCAGUUCACGUGCUGUAUUCGAGAUUGGCAAUGCCAGCUAUAGUGGUGGAUUGAGUGGAGCGCUAGAGACUGGCACCUUGCCAGGUGGGUCUGUGGGCAUGGCAACCUGGUUGAUGAUUCCCAAUGCCCUUGCCGCACCCACGCAAAGCCCUGAAGAAUAUGCGGUCGGGGGCACGCUGUCAUACACUUUGAAUGGACUCUCCACAUCAGUGAGCUUGUUUCCAGACACCAUCACGGUGCGACCCGACCCACGCAUGACGAUUCACUACUUUUUGCAAGAGUUCAUUACGUCUGAUGAUCCUUUCACCCCCGAAAAGGAGGCUGCAUUGCCCGCUGUGCUAGCAGUCGUGCUUCACAACCAUGGAAAUGGUACUGCAAAUGGCAUGCGCAUUUCCGCUGGACAACCAGAAAUCGCUGAGAACGAAAAAGGGCUCUUGAUUGGUUUUGAACUGCAGCAAACAGCCAUCAAUGGCGCGCCUGUCGUUCCACCACAACUGGAAAAUGUGGUCCUUGGCGAUUUGGAGCCUCAUUCGAGCCGCGUCGUCACGUGGAAAUUGCUGACCACGCUGCAAGGUCGUUUUACGGCAUUCAAGGCUGAGAUGCAAUACAAUAACAUUCUUGGCAAGCCCGAGCUGGCACUCAUCGAGUCCGUGAGCUCUUAUCAGCUCUUGAAUAUGGCAGCUGUAGCGAAUGGGUUUGAAUUUGUGGUUCGAACCGGCUCAAAUAUAUUUGCUUUGUUGCAUAGCCGCGACCCGCGCGUGAUCACUCCUCUCGCCAACCCCACCGGUAUUGUCAACAGCGUUUUUGACGAUGAGAGUGGAGUGUUGACGUUUGCAUCUCAAACUUUAGUCCCAGGGUAUCGCCUCACGCAAGUGCGCUUGCCUGCGCGCCAACGCGCCCAACAAGUGCUGCGACGACUCAAUGGAACAAGUGUGGAUAUUGAUUCAAGUCGUUUCUGGGUAAUACACGUGACGAAUCACUAUGAUGAGACACGUCGCCGGCGGGAGGUCGCGGAAACGAUUUCGACGCUAUAUAUCGUUGACAGCACAACUGGCACAGAGCUGAUCUCCUACGACGCGCAUCUCGUUCCUGAUCCCCCGCAGUUGGCCAACAAUACUGGUGCAGACGACACUCCGAUCAGCACGACCCCUGGCGCGGCUUUAACGUCCAUCUCAACCACAGCAAAUGGCAACGGCCACGGGAGCACUGGUUACAGCACAAACAGCCCUGAUAGUGAGAACGACGAUGCUGUUGAUGACGACAUCCUCGGACAAUGGUCGACACUCACCGGUGACAAAGACCAAACCUCAACGACCGUAGACCCAGCACAGGAGAAUCGCGACCCGACCGGAGACCGGUCUAAAGCUGCUUUUCCGUUUUGGAUCAUUGUCGUUGUCAUUAUCCUGAUGCUGCUGAUAGUGUUCAUGUUGCUCGUUUACUACUGGCGCCGCAGCCGUGUCGGAGCACGGACGACCCCGAGUGGAAAGCACAGCUCCAUAGACCCAGGACUCGAACAGCGUACAAACUUUGUCAAUCCUGCAUAUGUUGAUCAUAGCAUGCAAGCCUCUGAUGGCAUGUACUCGGAGAUUUCGGCUCAAGACCAGCGUGCUGUGAUUAAUCCGUUAUAUUCGGAUGUGCAGGGAGAAUCUGUUUCACCUGUGAGUGCCCAGGCGUCCUUUGAGCCGCAGAGUGGCUAUGGUACAUCCAAUGGCCAGUACUUUGAUCCUCGUAAAUCAGCAGAUCACUAUUUCGAUCCAAGUGGUUCAACCCAUUCCAAGAACGGCGAGGUAGAUUACUUCGAUCCACGCCUUGGUGGGGCAUCAGAAUACUUUGAUCCAAGUCAUGGCAGGAACGAGGCAGAGUACUUCGACCCGCAAGCUAGACAAGCAGCCCUCUUUUCAACAGAAACGCUUCGAGGCACUGCGACGACAUCGAUUCUGCGCCAAGAUAAUUAUUUUGACCCCCACGCUCUUCGUGCGGCGGGAGCACGCGAGUUAAUGGGCGAUGAUGAUACUCUGUAUGCUGACGGUGUUGAGGUUGGUGCUAUGCAGUCUAUUCCCCAUUUUGAGCCAUUUGAGGAGGUAGAAGACGACCGUGAAGGUUAUCUUGAAGUCACCGAAGAGUCGUCAUAA